AUGGAGGAAAGGAGGGGAGGCAACAAAAUUUCAAGAGCUAUGAGAGAGUUUACUCAUUUUGUAGAGGAUUUAGAGCUUAUUGAUCCACCACUUGAAGGGGGAAUUUACACAUGGAGUAGGGGAGUUAAUUCUCGUAUAGUGUCGAGAUUGGAUAGGUUUCUGUUCUCUGCUGACUGGGAUGAAAACUUUAGGGAUAUCAAACAAGUUAUUCUUCCAAAAGUUUCCUCAGACCAUGCCCCUAUUUCUCUGCAAUGUGAGGUUUGGGAGAACACAAAAUCAUAUUUUAAGUUUGAAAAUUGGUGGUUGGGGACAGAGGGGUUCAAGGAUAAAAUAGCUUCCUGGUGGGUUUCUUUCGAUGUACAGAGCAGACCUGAUUAUGUUCUAGCCAAAAAACUCAGGUUGUUGAAAGUUAAGCUGAAAGAAUGGACAGGUCAAGGGGGAAAUUUGGAGGUUCUAAAAACUAUCUGUUUGAACAAAAUUCUUGUACUAGACGUGGUUCAGGAAUCCAGGGAUCUUUCUGAAGAUGAGUUGGUGCAAAAGGCUAGCCUAGUCAUGGAACUGGAAGAGAUUGCCAAAAAUGAGGAGUUAAUUUGGAGGCAGAAAUCAAGAGUUCAAUGGUUAAAACAAGGGGAUCGAAAUACUAAAUAUUUUCAGAGGAUUACAAAUGCCCACAGAAGGUUCAACAACAUUGACAAGCUCAACAUUAAUGGGAUACAAGUGGAUGAUAAGGAAGUUAUAAAGUCAUGGAGGCCAGAGUUCAAUUUUCCAGAUUGUCCUAGAAUUAGUGAGGCAGAGGAGCAAUGGCUACAGAGGGAGUUUGAAGAGCAAGAAAUCAUUGAGGGAUGA